UUGCACGAAGAGAGACUGCACGAGAGGCCGCUAUCUUUGGCUGCCACGGAGUUGGCCGCGGGGACCCAGCAGACACCGACCGUUCUCCUUCCUUUUGGGAGCAGGCGGCCCGGCUGGUCUGACCGGUUGGCUGGUGCUGCUUCAUUUCCAGUGGGCGCAGGAGCUUGGAAAAGGCCUCGCUUCGCGGUCGUAGCGAUGGAGUUACAAGGAACUGGGACACAGAGGGUUGGACUUCCGAGACCCUAGAGCUAGUGACCCUGAGAGCAGUCAGGCAGGCGCUCGGUAAUGCGCUCUCGCCCCCACCGGGAGCGCGCGUUCCUCGGGUGACGUAGGAAGAGGGCUCCCUCUCUUUCUCCUACUCCCCCUCCCUCCGCCUCCGCCCCGCCGUCCCCUGACCUAUUCCCGUGCAGACCCCUCCCUUUCUCGUGCGGCUUUACCUCGGCGGCUCUAGCGCACGCGCGCUGCCCCGCGCAGAGGAGUAGGGGGUGGGGACGCCUGGGAGCGCAGGGGCACGAGAGGCUCUGGAGGCGCCCGAGAUUUGGGAGGCUGCGCUAGAGCAAAAACUGACAGUCCUGGGUAGCCGGCGCCCAGAACGGCGCGAUACGACCCGAAGGGAAACGACGUGCAACUCGCCCACUGCCCCUUCCUCCGCCCUGUUCUUCCCAGAUCUGCCUUCCGCGCUUCGCCGGCCCAGAGCCGGAUAAAGGAAUCCGGGACCGCCAGGCUGACCUUGCUGCAGUGGGGCGGAGCGCAGCAGCGGCGGAGGAGCGGGCCGAGGCGGGCCGGGGAGAUGUGUUCUCCCCUGUGCGGUGGCUCCCCAGCAGGCGUCGGGCAGGAGGGCUUGCCGCGCCAGCGCCCCAGGAUGGGAAGAAACAAACGCUUGUGCUCUACCUAGAAAUCCGUUUCCAGGGAAAGGAAGUUGACGAUUUAUAGUUUCUCCAAGCAGUGUGUGGUCUAGAGCCGUCAGGUUCCCAGGUCUCAGCCAUUGCUUCAGCCAUGGCCCGAGCCAAUGUAUGGAACCGUCUCAAAUCCUGGUGGAAAAAAGAUGAUACGCCUCCGUUUCUAAAUGACACCAGCGCCUUUGAUUUCUCCGACGAAGUAGGGGAUGAGGAUUUCCCCAGGUUUAAUAAACUUCGAGUUGUAGUUGCUGAUGAUGGCCUGGAGACCCCAGAAACUAUUAAUGGAACCCACUUGGCCUUCCAGGCAGAUGAUGAUUCCUUACUGGAUCAGGACUUACCUUUGCCCAAUAGCCAGCUGGGUUUCAAAGUAGACCCUUGUGACAGCUGCCGGAAACAGAGAGAGUUGCUCAAACUGAAGAAGGUGAAAACCAGGCUCACUAUAGCUGGUGUUCUUUACCUGCUCUUCAUGAUUGGGGAGCUUGUGGGUGGCUAUAUCGCAAAUAGUCUAGCAAUCAUGACGGAUGCACUCCACAUGUUAACCGACCUCAGUGCGAUCAUACUUACCCUGCUGGCAUUGUGGCUCUCUGCAAAAUCUCCGACCAAAAGAUUCACCUUCGGAUUUCAUCGUUUAGAAGUCUUAUCAGCUAUUAUUAGUGUCCUCUUGGUCUAUAUACUUAUGGGAUUCCUCUUAUAUGAAGCAGUGCAAAGAACCAUCCAUAUGAACUAUGAAAUUAAUGGAGAUAUAAUGCUCAUAACUGCAGCCAUUGGAGUUGCAGUUAAUGUAAUAAUGGGAUUUCUGUUGAAUCAGUCUGGUCACCAUCACUCCCAUUCCCACUCCCCUCCGCCAAACUCUCCUACCACAGGUCCUGGGCAUGGACACGGGCACAACCAAGGAAAUGAUAGCCUUGCAGUGAGGGCAGCCUUUGUUCAUGCCCUGGGAGAUUUGGUGCAAAGUAUCGGGGUGCUGGUAGCUGCUUACAUCAUUCGAUUCAAGCCAGAAUACAAGAUCGCUGAUCCCAUCUGCACUUACAUAUUCUCCCUCCUUGUGGCUUUCACAACAUUUCGAAUCAUUUGGGACACAAUAGUAAUUAUACUGGAAGGGGUGCCAAGUCAUUUGAAUGUAGACUUUAUCAAAGAAGCUUUGAUGAAAAUAGAAGAUGUUCAUUCAGUAGAAGAUAUAAAUCUUUGGUCUCUCACUUCAGGAAAAACUACUGCCAUUGUUCACUUACAGCUAGCACCUGGCAGUUCAUCCGAAUGGGAGGAAGUGCAGUCCAAAGCGAGGCACUUACUGAUAAACACUUUUGGGAUCUAUAAAUGCUCUGUCCAGCUUCAGAGUUACCGGCGAGCAGCGAAUAAAACCUGCGGGGGUUGCCGUAGUGCCAGUGCCUAAUACCACGCUUUGGAAAGUACAGCCUUAUUUAUCGUGCAAACACUAGAGAAGAGCAAUAAGUGACCGUAUGAAUGAGUGACUGGGAUCCCUGACCGCUCAGCCCGUAUCCAGAAGGAACCCCCCAACCACAAGGACUCCAUCGAAGGCCUUUAGGAGAGCUUUGACUGUGUGUAGCCUGGGAGAAGUCAACGUUAAAUGAUCGUUUUACUAUGAUUUACAGACGAGGAUGUUACCAAAAUAUUGUUUACAGAAUGAGAUGUGACUCUGCAGAUACCUCAUAGACAAAGCUUAACGAUUCCCUUUGUUAACUGUAUUGUGUAGGUUGUGUAGGUUUUAAAAGAAGAAUCCAGAAUUUGGUACUUGUAUUUUUUUUAAAAGAAUCUUUUAAAAGCCAAACCAUAUUGAGCAUCAAAUAAGGUUAAAGCACUGAAUUGUUAAAAUUAUGUUGGCUCAGUGGGAUGAGUUGGGGUCACUUAAAAAAAAUCCUUAAGUUUUUAGGAAGUUCUGGAAAAUAUCAAGAAAUAGAAGCAAAUGUGUAUUCCCAAGUGUUUCAUAAAUGUUUUUCUUUAUAAAUAAUUCAUAAUGUCAUUGGUCUGUUUCUGCCUUAUAACUUUAUUUUUUCCAGAUGUUACCAAUAGGACUUUGAGUCUCUAGGCAUACUACAUAAUUAUUUGUCAUCCUUUAAAGCAGAACCAAACACACUCUUAAUAUGAUUUGUUGAUCAUUAUUAUUAUUAAGAUCAUUUAGGAAACAUUUCCACUGUUAUCUUGCAUUAGGGAAACUAUAAUUUUAAACCAUGAUCAUUUAAUUUAAAGUAAAGGACAGGAGGAAAUUUUCAGCACCUAGACUAACUAGACUAUUUCGUUAUUAAAGUUCAUUAAAUUUGACCGAAGGUAAAAACUGAGCCAGCAAUUCACUGCCCCCUUUUAAGACCCUUUCAUUCUAUACGUCCCCAUUUGUUUUGUUCUACCUACUUUAAAUGUGGGUUAAGCAUAUAACGGGUUUAAUGGCCUUUUCAAAAUAACACAAUGAGGCUAUGCUUUGCACAUCUACCUACACGCAUUAAUAACCACAUUCUCCCAGAAGCGGAGUCUACCUUUUGUGAUAUGGGCCAGUAAGUUAAAAAUCAGGAAUUCUCCAUGGUACAUAAAUGCCUUGAAAAUGUGUUCUGGUAUAGCCACGGCAAAAGUGCCAAAAUGAAUGCUGUGGAGAGAUUCUUUGUGAAGAAAGAUCACGGCCAAGUUGCAAGUUCUUGGAAGCACUUGGGCGAUAGUGGCACUCAGACUUGAGUGAGCAAAAAAAAAAAGAGCAUUUGAAGAAUAUGAAACUAAAGGCAAUUCCACCUAGGGAUUGGGGACCACAAUCUUAAGGGGGGAAAAUGAAAGAGAAAAAGGUUAUUGUUUGCUAAGAACUCACGAGGAAAUUUGGCUCAUCUAUGAAGUGUGUUAGGAUUUGGUGUAGGAACAAUUGAGGAUGACCAAGCUUCUAGCUCCAGGAAGGAAACAAGAAAGGAAAUAAUCCUAUUUUGAGUGCCUGCUCUGGUCCAGGUAGAGUGUGCUCAGCAGCUAGCUUUCUGAGAUUCCACAUCAGAAAAUUCCAGUUUCAUUUAGAAGCAGUGCUGUGUUCUCCUCUCAGGGUACUUGGUUCUAAUGUAAUCAACUCCUAGAAAAGUUACAAAGAUUAGAUUAGAAAAGUCAUUGUAUCUUCCUAACUAGUACCUCAUUUUCAAACUCCAGAUUCCAAAAUGAGCUUCAAGGGAUGAGCAUUUCAGAAUGGGAAGCCUUUUAACAGAAAUGAACCAGACGGCACAAAGGGAAGGUAUCCCCGCAUGUAGGAGGCAGAUGGUGGUAGCCAGAAUGUAUUUGAAUGGAUGGUCAUACGCUACAGGGGCUAAGGUGUACCCUGCUGUGUGGUGGAAAGAAUGCACUGACUUUUUUGGUAAAAUGUGGUGGCAUCCUCUGUCCCACCUAAGUUGCUUGUACUGUUUUUAGUCUUCCUUUUAACCUAAUUUAGGAGUAUCUGUCUUUUUAUAAUAAAUUUGCUCCUGAAAGAGGUGUAUAUAUAUAAAUGGACUUAGAAAAUACAUGAAGGGUCUUGCUAUAUAAAAGAAUCCUAUUGUGAAUCUUUUUUGUAAAAUUGACUUCAUUUUGUAAAUCUGAAUCUUGAUAUUGCCUAAAUCAGAGCACACCUAAACCCUUCCGUAACCAGUUUUUGCCUACGAAGACAAUUCAUUUUAUUAUUAAUUCAUGCCAUAGGACUUGGAAGUUGGUGAGAUGACUUUCUGUAAUCUAGAAAAGCUUGCUUUAAAAAAGUAAAUUAAUGACUUUAUCUAAGGUACGCAAUGCCAACUGACAUCUGAUAGAAUAGUGGGUUAAAUCAGACCGGUUCUUAUUGCUUUGGAAAAGUGUCUUAAGGUGGAUCCACACAGUGUUGAUAAAAUUGCCCUAGAGAGGGGCAGCUGGGUGGCUCAGUGGAUAGAGAGCCAGACCUGGGGAUGGAAGGAUGUAGGUUCAAAUCUGGCCUCAGAUACUUCCCAGCUGUGUGACUGGGCAAUUCACUGAAUCCACACUAUCUAAUCCUUAACUUCUUUUAUGCCUUGGAACCAGUACUUAGUAUUGAUUCUAAGAUGGAAGGUAAGAUUAAAAAAAAAAAAGAUGGCCCUAGAUAUUACAUACCCUAGGGUUUGGAGGUGUUAAUGAACUUAAUUUGUAGUUCAGAGAAGGCCUAGUGUUUUGAGUAAGAUAUUCCUGGUUUUGCUAAUGACAUGGCCAUAAGAUGGAGAUAUGUUUGAAGCAUCUUUCAUUUUGUCUUCAGAACUACAUAUUCUUUGUAGAAUUGCAUAUAGGAUUGUUUCUUUGCCACAUCAUUGAAUUGACUUUUCCAUUCUUACUUUUCUUUGGACCUUCCACAGCCAAGUCUCACCUUUAAGCUUUCCUGAAGGCUCUUACCUUCCACCAGGUCUAAAGUCUUCCAUGAUUUUUCCCCCCACGGGAUAAACUUGGGAAAGAUCGACGUUCUGUCCUGAGACAGUAGAGAAUUGGAGAAUUCUUGUCUUCCAGCCUUUCUUGUCUUCCAGCCUUACCACCACAAUUAGAAACAUUUCCAGGAUAAGCAGACCCAGGUUCUGUCUAAUAUGUAGUUGGGAUGGAUGUGUGAAGAACAUCAUUUCAUUCAGGGUUAACAAGAUCUUUAGAGACAACCAGCUAACAUGUUUAUUUGGAAGACAAAACUGUCCCAAUCUUUGUUAUAAUGUUAUAAUGAUUUUCUAAACUAUCCCCCCAAUAAUAAGCAGCAACAUGGUAUAAUGGAUAAGAGGCUGUUCUUAGAACCGAGAAAACCCUUAGUUCAAAUCCCUCUUCUGACACAUCUUAGUUACACAACUGUGGCAAAUCAAACUUCCCCUCUUCCCAGGCAGUUCUCUAAAACAACAAUCUACCGCCGAGUCCAUAAAUAAGUUUUCCACCAUAGGAGGUCUUUAGUGUCAUGAAAUAGGUAUGGAUUUAAAAAUUAUUAUGGAGAAAGUCCUUCCUGAAAAGCUUGAGCACUAGAUGUGUUUGAGAUAUUAAUGUUUUGAAUUCAGCUUUUUGUUUUUAAAAGCCCUUUCCUUCUGUCUUAGAAUCAAUGUUGAGUGUUAAUUCCUAGACAGAAGAGUGGCAAGGGUGAGGUCAUUGGAACGAAGUGACUCACCUCGCCUCAAGUGAGUCAGUUUUGAACCCUGGACCUCCCAUCUCUGGGCCUGGCUCUCUCUCCACCAAGCCAUCCAGCUACCCCCUCAGCUCAUUUUUGACAUGCAAGACAAUCAGACUGAGGGAUGUGUGCCAAUGAUUAGCUAUUGAAUUGCAUCCGACUGCCAUUUUUAGUUAUACCUGGCCAGAGGAAGCCCUUUGUAUGGUAGCUGUGGGCUUUAUCAUGAGAUCUUGCUUUUGGAUUAAUUAGGUCACAGAAUUAUAGAAAGAAGCAAAAUCUGUGGUUUUCAGAUUAUAUAUCCGGCCCACUUCCUCUUAGACAAAAUACCCCUCAUUCCUAUUGAAGAUCUGCCUGGUGACGCCAGCCAGCCAACCUCUUACAGAUCCCAUUCUGUAAAUAUUUGUUGCCCUUUGCAAGAACUGGACAUGUGAGCUCAAGAAAGGGUCAUGGGUGUUUCUUCGUUAGAGUGCCUGUGUGGCAGGUAUGUGGCAGGCCUUUAACCUGGCCAGUCUGAAUUAGACGACUUUAUUAAGUCAAGUUUUCCAUAAGCUGCUCCAGAUGUACAGUUAGGACCAAUAAAUCUGAGCUGUCUAGUUUUGAUAAGAUUGGUAAUCAUUCAAGAGAAUUUCUCAGUUUCUGUAACAGUGUUAAGUUAUUAUAUUUUAGUACAUUUGGAAUUUGUUGCAACACAAAAUUAAAAUAUUUGUGUGGGGACCUUUGCAGGCAAGAGAGGUAAAGUUCAUGCUUCAGUAUAUCAUUAAAUAAGCCAUAUCACAGUUUGGUGGAACUGUGUUUAUACUUUUCCAUGGACCCUUUCUGAAACUGGAUAUUUUGCACAUAAUAAAUUAUAGAAGGAUUUAUUCAAAACAGGGGUUUGUCCAUGUAAUUGGAGAUCAAAGUAUGGCAUAUAUUUACUGUAUUUGAAAUUUUUAAACUGUAAUUUCCUAGACAUUUAUUAAAAAUAAACCAUGUGGCAAAACAAUUUUUCCUUUAUUAAACAGAGCUUACAAUCUCUUAUAAAAA